AUGUCCAUCUGUCAUGCGCUUUUACAAGUUUUUCUUUCGACAUUCGUAAACGCUGCAUCGGAACUCAUCGAUGAAGUUGUGGACACAACUGCACUUGUACGUUCCAUAUGUGAAAUUAGACAGCUAUUCUUCACAAACAUAGCUCUCGAGAUACUGAGUGCAUACAACAGAAAGGACUUGCGGGAUCCUGAAGUAGUUCUCUAUGCAAACAGUGCAGCGACAGCAAGGCUUGAGUACAACAUCAAAGUGAAUAUAUAUAAGGAAGCAGUAACAAGUGCUCCAGUUCGCGCAUUGGUUGAUGAUGUGUGCGCUUCCUUCACAAAAAUCUUCGAGAUAAUUCGACCAGAUUUUGAGACGCAGAACGGGAGUAGUGUGUAUUCAAAUAGUCUUGUUGAUUUUGGCUUUGCAUUGUAUACGUUUGCUCAGGAUCUCAAUAAAGAGACUGACCAAGUGUGGAAGGAUAAGCGGAUUCACUACCUGGAAGCAGCAGUGAGAGCAUUACGGGAUGUUUUGAAGAGAAGAGGACCACGUCCCACGAGAAGCAAAGCGAUAGAAAAGAUUACUGAGAUAUAUUACAUAUUGCUUCGUCUGAAAUCAAACGCCAUGAUUGAAAGAGCAAGUCUUUUUGUUCCUGCUAAAGUUGUUCGCACCUUGUACAAGGACUUCGCAGACUAUGUCCAGGCAGUACAAGAGCAUCUGAUCCAGCUUUGCUACGACGAUGUUAGGAUUGGUGCGAAAGAUAUACCUUUGUGCUUUGUUGACUUCACAGUUGGGCUGAUUUCAAUAUCAGCUGGUAUGUUUCCUUUUGCUUGA